GUCCUCAGAAACUUGGGAAGCUUCUUUGAAGUUCUUGUGAUGGCUUCCAGACGCAACAGAUUCAUCAACAAAACAUUAAUAUCAUAUCUCAAGUCCGCCAUUAAAUCUAAUCUUCAAACAGCUUCUGCUUCCAUCGAUAGAUCUGCCUCUUCUUCUUCUUCGAGGUUCUCUCUACCAACCAGACCCACUUCCCCACCACUUUCACGAUUCUCCCUCUCCAGGUUCUCAAUUCAAAUCGUACUCUGUAUAUUAAUCUAUGCAAUUGUACAUAACUUUGUAUUUAGGGUAAAUUCUAAACUCUAAUCUUCUUGAUUCAAUUUUAUAGUUCAAUUUUCUCUGGUUCGGUCAAAAUACAAAGAAAAUUAUGAGUAAAUCAGAGAAAAUUUGUCAAAACACAGA